AGACGGCACAGAUCACCACCCUGCAGUCGCAGCUCUCAUUCGUGCGAGCGAUCCAGCAGGUCGACACGCGGGGGGUCGAGCCGCUGCGAGCGAUCCGGGACGAGACGGACGCAGGCCUAAAAGAGGCGGCGGCGGCGGGGAUGGAGGUUGUGCGCGCGGCGCUGGCGGAGGAGGACGUGGUGGGGCGGUGCCGGCGGCCUAGACGGCGGCGGGGGCAGCGGUCGACACCGGCCGGUGGCUUGGCUGGCGUGGAGGACUGGGACGUGCUGGGGACUGCGCCGCAGAGGGCCGGGCCGUAUUUCGUAGUCCGGAGCGGGACCUCCCAGAGUGGGGCCAGCCGUGUUGUCGCUGGCAGCCCAGCUGAACAAGGCGACACCCAGUGAGGAUAGUAUCUAAGCUAUGUAGCUUUCUGCGUAUCCGGACUUACCUCCCACGCAGCUCGGUUCUGCAUCGAGUCCUGACAGGGGCGGGCUAUCACGUUCGAGUCAAACCCCAUAAGAUCUCUGAAUCAACUUGGAGACCAAGAGAACGACUAUGAAAAGCCUUCAUUGUGUCAAGUAUAAGGCACAAGGAACACUUUCCCUAGUUCCAAUCUUAAUCCAUCAACCCACCAAUCCCGAGGCAUAAAAUGCCAAUCCCCAACGCAGCAAUGUCGUUACGAUGUGAUUCUCCCCUCAACCCCCCCCCCCCC